UCCUGCGUGUGGUGCGGCUCGUGCUUGACUACGCACUCCAGACACCGCCCGCCUUACCUGCCCGAACCGCCACCGCGACCCGGAUAAAUCGUCACCGCCCCAGGUCUGGUAGCCACCCAUCUCACGACAUGAGCUCUCCAGAUGAUGAGGUGUCUGUUUCGGGAGCGGGUUUCGGCUCAGAGUGCGGGGAGCAGACCAGCGGCCUUGAGGCCGGCUUCACAGCCCCGCAGGGACCCGGCCCCGGCCCCGGCCCCAGCCCUGGCCCUGAGCCGGGGGCACCUGGAAGCGGCGAGGGUGAGGGUGGGGGUGGCGUCCCAGACCCUGAGGGCUUCGAGUCAGAGCGGGAACUGCUGGAAGCGGGAGGGCGGGUGCUGUGGGGCCGCGAAGGCCGGUUUGGUUUCCCGGCCGACGACCAGGGGGACGCUCUGCAGCUGGCUGACGAGUCAGUGGCGGCCAUCCUGCAGCAGUUGGCCUUCCUGAAUGUGCUGGGCAUCAGCAGAUACCUGUCCCAGGAGAGCUACGUGGUCGGCGAAGUGUCUGCUGUUUGGGACCUCGAGGCACGUCCUUGCCAUCAAGGCAGAGCCGCCCAGAGGUGUGGGGAAGCGGCACAAGCUGAGGCUGGCCCUCUCGGGGUCAGCGGGCCCGAGGCGGGCCGGGCCUGGGGGUACCCUAAAAGAGGCACUAAGAGUAGGUUGAACGUGGCUGUGGAUCACCAGUGGCCUCCUUCAGAAAGUCCAGCCGGGCUGCUGUCUGACCCCGAGUCCUCCGAUGAGUUCAGUGAGGUAGAGCGGAUGAGGGUGAGCAUUUAUACCAAAGACGGAGGCCGGGCCAAGCUCAAGAGCCCCGAGGAUCCCGGGAACACACCCAGACGCUCGAAUGUCCAAGGCAGGGAGAAUCUCCUUAACGUGCCAGGCACUUGCCUGUCCUCGGCUCCGCGAGGAUUAAUUUCGGUUGUGGAAAGGCAGGGCAGGCAGGGCGAUGCAGAGCAGGAGGACAUCUCUACCCCUAAGAAAAUGCAGAGCGGGCUCUGGGGGGAGGGGGGCAGCCUGUCCAGCUACCCGGGACUGGCAGUAGCAUCAGCUACUGCAGCUGCUGCUACAGGCAGCGGGCCGCGGCCCACUCCUAGGAGGAAGGGGGUGCAGGAGAAGAAAUCCCUUGAGGGCAUCUCCAAACCUGCCGUGGAGAGAACCUUCCCUUCCUGGGGGCAGGGAAUUUUGGCCACUCCCCUGGAACCGGCCACCUUCCCUCCAAUUUCUGGCAUCUCGCUGCUCGGGAGGUCCAAGAAGUAUGCCUUGGUCCCUUCGGGAGUCAAAGAGUUCAAGCACACCGGUGCUGGGAAGAAAUCCGUGGCUAGGCGAGCCCAGGAGUUGGUGGCAGCAAUAGCGGUGUCCGAAGAAGACAACGACCCAAAUAGACACCCAUUCCCAAAGGGCCAAGUGAGUAGGCCAGGCCCCUGGCCAUCUUGGCCAUGGGUGCAUCAUGGAGAACACAGCAACGCCAACCUCAACAUCAGAGGGGCACGGGAUUCAGGAAACUCAGAGCCUGUGGCCAGUAACAAGGGAGGAGUCAUGCCCAGAGGGCCUGGCCCCUCAGGUGACCAGGAGCCAACUGACCAUCCCCCAAGACCGAAAAGACAGCAGCAGCUACCCGGAAGGCAGGGCUGUCCUCGGUGUCUGGUGCUACAGAAAGAAAUAGACGACCUUAAGGAGCAACUUGCCUCCAAGCGGUACCUGGCUGACAAGUUCCAGAUCGUUUGAAGUUGAGCCCAGUAUCUUCCUGCAAGAGGAGCAGCUGUUAACCUCCAAGGCUGGCGAGCUAUGGCCAAGCUUGUUGCCUCUUGUUCUGCCUCCACCAGGGCAUCCUCUGCCCUUUGUUUUGCCCCCUCUCUGCCCCAGUUUCACAAAAGUGUUUGAUUAAAGGACUUCUC